UGUUUUCCUUUCAAAUUCCAGCUUUUCAUGGCUACUCUCUCUGAAGCCUACACAGAAACACCUCUCCUUCUUGAGCACAUCAUCCCCAUAGACUUUGAUUCUUUUAAAGAAGUGCCGCAAUCGCAUUCGUGGCCUCGAUCUGGCGAUGAGUCUCCAAGGAGGAUGCUAAAUUUCGAGGGAGAUCACUUCUCAGUUCCAGCCAUUGAUCUUGAAAGCCCGGAUGCAAUCGAAAUGGUGGGUCAUGCAUGCAAAAAUUUGGGCAUAUUCCAGGUCACUAGGCACGGAAUCCCUUCAAGUCUUCUGAGGGAGGUCGAGUCGCAAGCUUGGCAGUUUUUCUCGCUCCCGGCGAGAGCCAAGGUAAGGGCCGCGAGGUCCCCCGGCGGAGCUACGGGCUACGGUGUCGCUCGGAUCACACCAUUCUUCAACAAGUUCAUGUGGCAUGAAGGGUUUACCAUGAUGGGAUCGCCACUGGAGCAUGCUAGGGAGGUUUGGCCUCAUGGGUAUCGCAAGUUUUGUAAAGUAAUGGAAGACUAUCAGGACAAAAUGAAGGCGCUCUCCGAGCGACUACUUGCCAUGAUCCUGAAGUACCUCGGCAUAUCCGAGCACGACAUCGACUGGCCACGACUCCGGAGCAACCCGAGCUCAGCGUUGCAGCUGAACUCCUACCCGCAGUGCCCCGAUCCGGGCCUGGCCAUGGGGCUCGCGCCGCACACUGACACCUCCUUCUUGACAAUACUUCACCAAAACGACAGCGCACAUGGGCUCCAAUUCCACAGGGAAGGCCGAGGUUGGGUACCCGUGUUACCCAUGGACGGUGCACUUGUGGUGAACGUGGGUGACAUGCUCCACAUCAUGUCUAAUGCCAUGUUCCCCAGUGUGGUUCACCGGGUUAUCGCGAACGGGAAAAGGCACCGGCUAUCCAUAGGUUACUUUUACAGACCCCCGAUGGAUUUUCGCAUCGGUCCGAUCCACGGACUCACGCAGGCCUCAGGCCAGGAGGUCGCCGCUCGGUUCCAGUCCAUCAUGGUGAAGGAUUACGUUCAGAUGAAGGCCAAGAAUCUUGACAAGGCACUCUCAAUGAUUAGGAUCGGAUGAUGUAGAAUCAACUCUAGUUUUUGUUCCUUUUUUUCCCCCUCCCGUCGUCUUCUUUGUGAAGUUUGGUCUUUGUUAGUGCAUGACGCAGGAUUAUUCCAUAACUUUUUAAACGCACACGGGUCUUGAGGAAAAGCCGCUUGUGAAAAGACAAAAGUUCUAUGUUUGUG